AUGGAAGAUGAAGAAUAUACAAUAAAACAAUUAAAAAAACACUUUAUUGAAUAUCAUAAUUACAAUGAAAAUACAAUCAACAAACAAUUUUGUAAAGAAUGUUUGAGAAAAAAGAAUAAUGGUGAUCUUGAUGUAAAUCCAAAAAAAAAUACUCCAUUUGGUAUGCUUAGACAUAUGAAACUAAAAAAAUGUUAUCAAAAUAUGAGACAAAUUGAAAACUUACCUGUUUUAGAAGAUAUUAUGGAAAUUUCUGGAGAAAAUAAUAUUGAAAGUGAUGGAAAUUUAGAUUUUACAACUAAUACUUUUAACCAACAAAUUAGUAUAACUGAAAACAGUGAUUUAUUUAAUUUUUUAGAGGAAAAUAAAGAUCCUCAAUUAAAAAUUAUAGAAAUUGUUUUCAAAGGAUUUUCAAAACUUUUAAAUGAAGAUGGAACUACAAAUAAAAUGUUGGAGCUCUAUCUUGAAACUCACCAACAACAUGCUAUAAUGUAUGGAAAUUCUGUUUUGGUAGAUAUAAUUGAAGUAGCGCUUCAAACAGUUAGAAAUGAUUUUUUAAAAGAAAUAAAAAUUUGUUCGCCAUUUGAUCCAAAUGAAAUAAUUUUAGAAAAUUUUGAAAAUUGUUUAGUAGAAGGAUUAAUUAUGACUGAAAACAAAAAAAAUAUGGGUGUUAUUGUAGAUAUGAAGUAUCUCCUUACAACAAUUUGCCAAAAUCAAAGCAAAAUUAUCAAUUCAUUAAAUGGAAAAGUUCCACUUCAGCUUUAUUGCGACGAAAUUAAUAUGAAUCCAUUUGCAGAAGGAUUACUUCAAUAUCUUCAUAUUGCUUUUCGUAUAAGUGGUGAUUAUGAAGAAAUUUCGCAACUUGACUCAAUUUAUACAGUUGCACUUUUGCCAACUUUUAAAUUGAAAAAUUCAACUGAAAGUAGUAAAUAUACCCAUUUUUUCAAACGUUUCAAGGAAAGAUUUGAUUCUUGUUGUCAAAUAUUAUUUGAAAAUAGCAGAAUUACUUUUACAAUAGAAGAACUUCUCGGUGAUCAUGCUUUUCUUGAUCAUUAUUGGAAAAUUAAUGCUGCUAAUGCCGAUAAAGGAGAAAUACCAAGCUGUAGAAUAUGUUUGAUUACACCAAACAAGUAUUCUGAAACGCUUACAGUUGAAUCUUUGGAAAUGAAAUAUCCUGAAAUGAAGAGAAAUAGUGAUCCAGAUGAUCCUAUUUUUAAAAAAUGGCAAAAAAUGACUUACAGUGAUUGGUUUCAUGAUCUUCAUGAAGGAAUUAUUCCAUCAUCAUCAUAUGUAGUCAUGCAGGAACUUUGUAAAGACAACAAUGAAUUUCCUUCAUAUCAACCUUUUGAAAUAUCAGGAAUAUUGUUGAAGCAGUUUAACAAAAGGAAAGCCGAUGGAAAAUGUUUUCAAGAUAUUAGAACACAAUUGACGCAGAAUAUAAUUGAAAAAAAAUUAAGUAUGAAAGAAGAAACGAAAAGAGUUUCAAUUAGUUUUGGCAGCGGCUAUGGAAAUUUAGAAGCUAUGUGGUGUUUACACGAUGCAAUUAUGGAGCUUUUGUCAUUGCACCCUUCUGAAAAACUUCUAUUUUUAAAGAAAACAUUAUUUACAUAUGGGAAAUUGUGUAAUAUCUGUUCAAAAAGAGGAAUAUUGGAUGAAGCUGAUUAUGAAAAUUUGAAGUUUCUGUGUAAUGAAGCAGUUUCUCAAACACUGCAAUUAACAAUGGGAAGAUAUAAGUUUUCAAAAAAACUUCAUUAUCUUUUGCAUUACGUAGAAAUUGCAAAGAAUUUCAAUGGUCAUUUAAGGAAAGUUGCAACAGACCGAUUUGAAUCAAAACAUCAAAGUAUUAAGAAGUUUUUUAGGUCGUCAAAUAAUAAAAUAUUUCCGGCAAAAACAGUGAUAAAGAAGGUGAUAAUGCGUUUCAAAUUAUCAAGAAUAUUAGUUAAUAUGGGAAUUCAUUUUGUUUAA